AACCGCCCCGAAACCGCCGUUAAGAAAACCCUGCGUUGCCAGCUUGCCCCAAAGCAAGAUGGCUGCCAGUCUCCAUUCUCUCUUCCCAACGUGAAGCUAGCCAUUCCCUGCUUAAUGCCGCUGCCAGGCUGCCCUCACCUAGUAUGGCUACUCCGCUCAUGCCUCGUUAUGGUCUCGAAGCCGACACUAACCGGCCAGGUUCCGGGAGGCGCUGUUCAGGAUGCAGCCACCCCCGCCCGUCUCUCCCCUCCCCCACGCCCGCGGCGGCGGCGGCGGCGGCGGAGGCGGAGGCGGUGGCGGCUGGAGCCCGGAUGCGGCGCCGUGAGACAGGCCCGGGAGAGCAGCGCGGAUGGAUCCAACAUGGCGGCGCCGAGCCUGAGCCCAGAGAAGAGACCUGGGAAAUUAAAUUUCUUGCAAAGGACUCUGGAGACUGCAGCUGCUGAGCAGAGACUCUGGAAAGCACUCUGUCCCUGAGCCUCUAGCAUGGCGGGCCUGAAGCGGCGGGCAAGCCAGGUGUGGCCCGAAGAGCAGGGUGAGCAGGAACAUGGGCUCUAUAGUCUCCACCGUAUGUUUGACAUCGUGGGCACCCACUUGACGCACAGAGAUGUUCGUGUGCUUUCUUUCCUCUUUGUUGAUGUCAUCGAUGACCAUGAGCGAGGACUCAUCCGAAAUGGACGUGACUUCUUACUGGCACUGGAGCGCCAAGGCCGCUGUGAUGAGACUAACUUUCGCCAGGUGCUGCAGCUGCUGCGCAUCAUCACUCGCCAUGACUUGCUGCCCUACGUUACUCUCAAGAAGAGACGGGCUGUGUGCCCUGAUCUUGUAGACAAGUAUCUGGAGGAAACAUCAAUUCGCUAUGUGACCCCCAGAGCCCUCAGUGAUCCAGAACCGAGGCCUCCCCAGCCCUCUAAAACAGUGCCUCCCCACUAUCCUGUGGUGUGCUGCCCCACUUCAGGUUCUCAGAUGUGUAGUAAGCGGCCAGCCCGAGGGAGAGCCACACUUGGGAGCCAGCGAAAACGUCGGAAGUCAGUGACCCCAGACCCCAAGGAAAAGCAGACAUGUGACAUCAGGCUUCGAGUCCGGGCGGAAUACUGCCAGCAUGAGACUGCUCUGCAAGGCAAUGUCUUCUCCAAUAAGCAGGACCCACUUGAGCGCCAGUUUGAGCGCUUUAACCAGGCCAACACUAUCCUCAAGUCCCGGGACCUGGGCUCCAUCAUCUGUGACAUCAAGUUCUCUGAGCUCACCUACCUCGACGCAUUCUGGCGCGACUACAUCAAUGGCUCAUUAUUAGAGGCGCUGAAAGGUGUCUUCAUCACAGACUCUCUCAAGCAAGCUGUGGGCCAUGAAGCCAUCAAGCUGCUGGUGAAUGUGGAUGAGGAGGACUAUGAGCUGGGCCGACAGAAACUCCUGAGGAACUUGAUGCUGCAGGCAUUGCCCUGACCUUCCCCUGUCUCACCUCUCCGGGGAUCGGUGGCUCUGUCACCGCUGGAGCUGACAGACUGUUCUGGGGUUCCUUCUCCGCCUUCAACCAAUCACACCACCUUUUCUUUCUUUCUUUCUUUCUUUCUUUUUUUUUUUUUUUAAGGAAAAGACAAAGGAAAGUGGAAAUGGUGUUCCCUACCCCUCCCUGCACCCAUGUGCCUGGGCUUCCCCUCUGUUUCCUGUUGCCACUUACCCAUAAUGUGCGUCUCUACAGCCACCUUACCACUGAGCCGUAAGACAAGUGUAUAGGACGGAGUCUAUGGAACAAGCCUUGUAAGGGACUGAACGCUGCUUUCAGGUGCAUCGAGGGGUAAUCAAUACUUAUGGCUUUAUGAGGGCUCUAAAAUUUUGUCUGAAAAACCAAAGGGCUGUGAGUAAAGGAGCUGUGUGGAAGGUGGGACUCUGAAGUGUAUUUUGGAAAUUAAUUACCACCUUCUUCCAAAUUAUAGAAUUUUUUAAAAACAGAA